GCUUCCUUUAUCAAUUGCUACGAUAGGAGGUCUUUUGGCGAAGUCUGAGUUCACAAGAGAAUAUUGGGAGCUUAUAGAGCAUAAUUUAAACUCAAUUGUUAUUAACAAUAAUGAUGAAUUUUGCUUAAAAACAUUGAGGAUGAGCUAUGUCUAUCUGCCAAACUAUUUGAAGCCAUGUUUUUUGUAUAUGGGUAUUUUUGAGGAAGAUCGUAGGAUCCGUGUGUCAAUGCUCAAGAAGCUGUGGAUUUCUGAGGGAUUUUUGAAACCAAGUAAUGGGAAAUGUUUGGAAACAGUUGCGCAUGAGUACUUUAAGGAGUUGGUUGAUAGAAAUCUCAUUUUAGUUGAUCUAUUGGGGUCUAUUGGAAAUGUUUACUAUUGUAAAAUUCAUGAUUUGUUGAGAGAUUUGUGUUUGAAAGAAGUCGAAAAGGAAUGUUUUUAUCAUGUCGUAAGAGAUGAGCCUCCGGCCAAUAAUAGCGAACGUCGUGUUGUUUUUUUGGGUAAAACAGCACGGUUGUUAACAAAUGAAAUCUUGGGAUAUUUGUCACAUGUUCGUUCCAUAAUAUGUGAUGACAUCCGUAGAUUGUGGAAAGAAGUUCAACUGCCUCACAACCUUAGAUUGUUGAGGACACUCCAUGUAUAUGAAGAAGAAACUGCGGGUGGGGAUUAUUUGCUAGAUAAUGUGUUUGAAUUGGUGAACUCACGGUACCUUUUGGUUAACCUUCAUGUGAAUUCCAAAUUCCCUACUUCGAUUGAUCUGCUUUGGAAUCUAUACACAUUGAUUAUUAGGUGUUCGGAUCGUCUUAUUAUCCCGAUUGAAAUUUGGAAAUUGCAUCAACUUCGACACCUCAUAUUCGAUGAAGAUUCAUCCUUAGGAUUGAUUCUCCCGAAUCCUCCGAGUGGCGACAAUGAAUUUGUUAUCAUGGAGAAUCUGCAAACACUCAAAGGAGUGAAGAAUUUGAUUUUGAAUGAGGAGGUGGUUAAGAGAAUUCCCAAUGUGAAGAAAUUGCAGUUAAGUUAUGAUAAGAAACAAAUGGAGGGAGAAAACUGUCUCAGCUAUCUUCAGUGUUUGAGUAAAUUGGAAAACUUGGUCUGCAAUUCCACAAAUGAAAGUGAUGAAUAUUUUCAGAGGAUUAGGUUCCCACACUCCCUCAAGAAGUUGUUUAUUAUUGCCUCUUCUGAUAUGGUGUUGGAAGACAUAAUGCCAAAAAUCGGUUCACUGCCCCUUCUUAAGAAGUUUGUUCUAUUACACGGUGUCUUCAAAACAGGCAAGUGGGAAACAAUUGAAGGCCAAUUUCCAAGCCUCAUGUUUCUACUAUUGCACAAUUGUAAAGGUCUAGAAGAUUGGAUUGUAUCAGACAAAUCCCACUUUCCAGUUCUCCAGAAGCUUCGUCUUGAUUCUUUCGAUCAACUGAAGGAGAUCCCAUCAGAAGUGGGAGAAAUAGCAACGUUGAAAUCAAUUGAAUUGCGUUAUUGCAGUGAAUCAGCGUUGGAGUCGGCUAAAAAGAUAGUAGAGGAACAAGAGGAUUUAUAUGGUGACCAACUAGACCUUCAUGUUCAAGUUGUAGUCUCAAAGAAACAAGAAGCACUGAAGAGCUUGGCAAGUGCCAACUUUGAAGUGAAAGUGGAUAGGUUUUAGAGUAUGAUCGAAGAUUUAUUGAAAAGUAUUGCAUCGCAAUCCGCCUACAACAAACUGAACUAAAGGGAAGGAUUGAAGAGAGAUACAUACAAAGCUGUUACAACUACUUUGCAGCGGUCAAGAAAGUUGUUUUCAGAUCGGUGGAUUAUUCGAUUUAGUUGAAGCAGUUAUCGUGUGCAGGGUUGUAUGUAUAUUCUUUCUUGUUAUAGUUGUAUCACCAUCUUCGCCAGCUAGAUAAGAGAGAAAGACAUGAUUCAUCACACGGUUAUGAGCUCAUCUUGUUUCUGCUUGUAGUUCGAUUGGUUGUAAUUUGUGAUCGAUCGUUUGAGAGUGAAUAAGAACCACAUCAUCCUUUAUCCGUGGAUGUAGGUCUUAUGUUCGAACCAAGUAAUUCUUUCGUGUU